ACAAAACAAUAGUAACAAAAUAUGUCAAAAACCAAGAUUCUAUUAGUCCUCCUAUUUUCGUCACACUACCUCCUCUCCGCCGCUGCUCCAACUCCAAACCCUAACGCCACCAGCUUCAUCGAAGCAGAAUGCCGCGCCACUCACUACCCUUCCCUCUGCAUCCAAUCCCUCUCCGCCUACUCCAAAACCGUCCAAACAAGCCCCAAGCAGCUUGCCCGAGCAGCCCUCUCGGUUGGCUUGUCGCGCGCUCAAUCCAGCUCCACCUUCGUCUCCAAGGCGGCUCUCAUAAAAGGCCUGAAGCCGAUAGAGCGCCGCGCCAUCCAAGACUGCGCCGCCAACAUGGCUGGCGCGGUCGACCAGCUCAGCCUUUCCGUGAAGGAGCUCGGUAGGAUCGGAUCGGAGAAGCUGAGCUGGCACCAGAGCAACGUCGAGUCGUGGAUCGGGGCUGCGAUGACCUUCCAGCAGACGUGCCUCGACGGAUUCUCGGCUCCUUCCAUGGAUGGAGAUGUUAGGGUUUCUGUGAUGAAAAGGGUUCUGGACUGUAAGCAGGUUACCAGCAACGCGCUUGUGUUGAUCCAUCGCUAUGCUGCAGCAAAGCGUAAACAUGGCUAAGACGGAAACGAAGUUGUCUAUAUAAAUGUUUAAUUAUGCCAUGUUUUUUGUGUUUGUGUAUAUUAUCAUCGUCGUUUUCGUUUUCGUGUGGUUCAUUUUUGUAGUAUGGUAGAUUUAUGUAUCACUUUCUGUAAUAAUUUACAGUGAUAUUGUGCGAUACAUAAAUACUCUCUCCGUCCCAGUUUAAGAGUAAGAUUUAGUUAUGGCAUAGGUUUUAAGAAAUUAGUGCAGUGUGUAAUAAAUGAAGUGAUGUAGUGUUUGUUGGUGUGUGUAAUAAUUGAA